GAAAAAAACAACCGAGGAAAUUCCACCGAGACCAAACCAGACCAAACGAACGCCCAACGCCUCUCCCCCUCCGCCCUCCGCUUCCUUCCUUCCUCCUCUCGUCUCGUGAUCUCCUCGUCGUCCUCCUCGCGUCGUCCUGGCCCCCGAGCCCUAGCCCUAGCCCUAGCCCUAGCCCCCCGCCAUUUGAUGCGGGGGCGCCCGCCAUGGCGUCGUGGGGCCUGGGCUGGAAGCGCAGCUCCGAGAUCUUCCACCUCACCCUCGACUACGGCGACCUGUCCGACGCGCCGCAUCACCAGCACCAGCACCAGCAGCAGGUGCAGGUGCAGCAGCCGGGUUCGCCUCCGACCUCCUCCUCCGGCUCCGGCGCGGGCUCCAGCCCGCAGCCGUCGUCUUCGCCGACCGCGAGGAGCCACGGGGAGUUCGGGUUCCGCAUCGAGCUCGACUGGUCGGCGGGGGACGACGAGGACCAGGUCGCGCUGCGGCUCCAGUCGCAGCUCAUGGUCGCGCUCCCGCCGCCGCACGACGUCGUGUGCGUCGAUCUGGCCCCGAGGGAGGAGGGCGAGGAGGGAGGGACGAUUGCGGUGGAGAUGCGGGUGGUCAGGAGGCGGGAGGCGCUGCGGUCGGUGCGCGUGGCGCGGGCCGUGGGGUCCGCGGUCGGGAGCGGCGACGGCGCCGGGGUGCUCGCGCGGCUCAUCAGAUCCAACCUCGCGCCCGCGCCGGCCGUCGACGGGGCCGCGGCCACGGGCGUCCCGGUGCUCGCCGACCACUGGCGCUCCGUCGCCGUGCUCAGCCUCUGCAACUGCGGCUUGUUGACGCUUCCAGUUGAAUUAACUCGCAUCGCACUUCUUGAGAAGCUACAUCUUGACAACAAUAAAUUGUCAGUUUUGCCACCUGAAGUUGGUGAUUUGAAGAAAUUGAAGGUGCUGACAGUCGACAACAACAUGCUAAUUUCCGUCCCUGCAGCAGAACUGCGGCAAUGUGUUUUGCUGGAGGAAUUAUCACUGGAACAUAAUAAGCUUGUCCGCCCAUUAUUGGAUUUCAGGUCAAUGCCUAAGUUGCGUGUCUUGCGCUUGUUUGGAAAUCCUCUAGAGUUUCUCCCAGAAAUUUUGCCACUGCAUAACCUUAGGCAUCUCACACUUGCAAAUAUUAGAAUUGAAGCACUGGAAAGUCUUAAAUCUGUCACGGUGCAAAUUGAGACUGAAAAUAGUUCCUACUUCAUUGCGGCCAGGCACAAACUUAGUGCCUUCUUUUCACUUGUUUUCCGGUUCUCUUCCUGUCACCAUCCUUUACUAGCCUCUGCUUUGGCCAAAAUAAUGGAAGAUCGUAGCAACCAAAUCGCCAUUAGCAAAGAAGAAAAUGCUGUCAGGCAGCUUAUAAGCAUGAUAAGCAGCGAUAAUCGCCAUGUGGUUGAGCAAGCAUGCCUUGCUCUUUCAUCACUGGGAUCAGAUAUUUCAUCAGCUAUGCAACUGAUUAAGUGUGAUAUCAUGAAGCCCAUUGAAGCUGUACUGAAAUCAUUUGAUGAAGAAGAAUUAGUAUCAGUAUUGCAAGUUGUAGUAACCUUAACUUUUGUUUCUGAUCAUGUUGCUCAAAAGAUGUUAACGAAAGAUGUUCUGAAGUCACUGAAAACACUUUGUGCACACAAGAACUCUGAGGUGCAACGUCUAUCUCUAUUUGCAGUUGGCAAUUUGGCUUUCUGCUUGGAGACUCGUCGCACCCUCAUGCACUCUGAAAGUUUGCGGGACCUUUUAAUUCGCUUAACUUUUUCACAAGAGAAACGUGUCAGCAAGGCAGCUGCACGUGCUUUGGCAAUUCUAGGUGAGAAUGAGAACUUGCGUCGAGCAAUAAGAGGAAGGCCAGUUGCAAAGAAGGGUCUACGCAUUCUAUCAAUGGAUGGUGGUGGCAUGAAGGGCCUUGCUACUGUCCAAAUACUUAAACAGAUAGAGCAAGGAACUGGGAAACGCAUACAUGAAAUGUUUGACCUCAUAUGCGGCACGUCAACUGGUGGUAUGCUUGCGAUGGCUCUUGGGAUCAAGCAGAUGACUCUUGAUCAAUGUGAAGAAAUAUACACAAAACUUGGUAAACUUGUCUUUGCUGAGCCUGCCCCAAAGGAAGAAGUUGCUACGUGGAAGGAGAAGCUUGAUCAGCUUUUCAAAAGUUCAUCCCAGAGUUUCAGGGUGGUUGUACAUGGUUCGAAGCACAGUGCUGAUCAAUUUGAGAGGUUACUAAAGGAAAUGUGUGCUGAUGAAGAUGGUGACCUCCUUAUAGAGUCUGCUGUAAAGGGCAUUCCGAAGGUUUUUGCUGUAUCUACUUUAGUCAGUGUCAUGCCUGCCCAACCAUAUAUAUUCCGAAAUUACCAGUAUCCACCUGGCACUGUGGAAGUAUCAUCAGUCAUGACAGAAAGUCCAUCAAUAAGCUCAGUUGGAACGCCUGUUUCUGGUGCCCCAGUCGGUAUCAAACCAAUUAACACGGUUGGAGCUGCUGUUUCUGGUGCACCUGUUGGUAUUAAACGUGGUGCUUUCAUGGGGAGCUGCAAGCAUCGCAUAUGGGAAGCCAUAAGAGCAUCUUCUGCAGCUCCAUAUUAUCUGGAUGAUUUCUCUGAUGAUGUAAAUCGCUGGCAAGAUGGAGCUAUUGUAGCAAACAAUCCCACAAUCUUUGCAAUAAGAGAGGCACAACUUUUGUGGCCUGAUACAAGAAUAGAUUGUCUACUUUCAAUAGGUUGUGGUUCAGUUCCAACUAAGAGUCGUAGAGGUGGGUGGCGCUACUUGGACACAGGACAAGUUUUAAUAGAAAGUGCAUGCUCUGUGGAGAGAGUUGAAGAAACUUUGGAUACACUGAUACCAAUGCUCCCAGAAAUGCAGUAUUUCCGCUUUAAUCCAGUUGAUGAGCGGUGUGGUAUGGAGCUAGAUGAGACUGAUCCUUCUAUCUGGCUCAAGUUGGAAGCUGCAACUGAUGAGUACAUCCAAAAGAAUUAUCAAGAUUUCAAGAAUGUUUGUGAACUUUUAGUUCCAAGAUACCAAGAGGAAGAAAAAUCAUCUGAAAUUACCAAAUCCAUGUCAUUUUCAAGAUUCAAGCCAUCAAAUUCAGGUUUUAGUGAAAGUAAUCCUACCUUAGGAUGGAGGCGUGUGGUUUUACUUGUAGAGGCUUCAUAUAGUCCUGAUUUUGGGAAGAAAGUAAAUCAUGCCCGUUCGCUUGAAACAUUCUGCUCCCAGAAUGGUAUUAGGCUUACUCUAAUGAACAAUGCUUCUGGAUUUGGAAAGGCGGCUACCACGCUUCCAACUCCAAUUACUUCUCCCUUAUUUACUGGUAGUUUUCCAUCUAGUCCACUUCUAUAUAGUCCAGAGGGCGCCCAAAGAAUUGGUCGAAUUGACCUAGUUCCGCCACUUAGCCUGGAUGGUAAUGCGAAGUCCUCGCCGCCAACGUCACCACUUAAGUCAUGGCAACCAUCUGUACAUGUUCGAUCACUAUAUGAUAAGUUGCAAAAUAUGCCUCAAGUUGGUGUGAUACACCUGGCACUUCAAAAUGAUUCAACUGGUUCAAUAUUGAGUUGGCAGAAUGAUGUGUUUGUAGUUGCGGAACCAGGGGAACUUGCAGACAGGUUUCUGCAGUGUGUCAAAACCAGCCUGUCAGCCAUGUUGCAUGGAUGCAAGAGAAAGGGUGUAUAUUCCCUGUCAAAGAUUUCAUGUUUGUCUGAGUUAGUUGCAGAGUGGCCAUCGUUUGAAAUUGGUGGCAUACACCACCGUUACAUAGGGCGCCAAACACAAGUAAUGGAAGAUAACCAAGAAAUUGGUGCUUAUAUGUUCAGGAGGACAGUGCCUGCUGCUCAUAUGACACCUGAAGAUGUUCGAUGGAUGGUUGGAGCAUGGAGGGAGAGGAUAAUUGUAUGCAGUGGCAAGUACGGCCUUGCUCAUGGCCUCGUCAAGGCAUUUGUGGAUUCUGGUGCCAAAGCUGUCAUCUCGUCAUCCAUUGAGCCUCCAGAUUCCCAGUCUAUAGUAUACCAUGGGAUGGAUGUAAAUGGCAACCUUGAGAAUGGCAAGUUUGUCAUCGCCGAUGACGAAGCUUCUGAGUCAGAACCCGAGCCCGUUAGCCCCACAAGUGACUGGGAAGACAGCGAUGCGGAGAAGAACGGCGAUCGCAGCAAAGAUACUGAUGAUGAGUACAUGGCUCAGUUCAUCUGCCUCCUCUACGACAAGUUGUUCCGCGAGGGCGUGACAGUGGACACAGCUCUCCAACAAGCGCUCAGGUCACAUCCAAAGUUGAAGUACUACUGCCAUUUACCCAAUGUUUUGUAGGUAGUUUACAUUCACAGUCCAUACAGAAAUAUACCAAGAUGAAUAUAGAAGAAAGGAAUAAUAAUAUGAUCUGGUGGAUUCAUGACGGGGGUUAUAGAGUUUAUACUCGUAUUCGUUGUUGAGGCGGUGAUCAGAGACUGUUCUCCCCAAGUGAAUCUUUCGGCGAAUGCCGUUGUAAUACUAGGGUAGUAGUACUGGUACAUAGUGCAUGUACUGACGAGUUAAGCCUAAACAAUAAAGGAUGAAAGUUUUGCAUGCUGUUGCAGUGAUGCUUUGCCUGAAGUUCAAGCUGUUGCCUGCUGCUAGGGUUUCGCAUCUUAACAUGUUAGAGCUUCCAAUCCUAUGGGUGUCCACUCCUGUAUCCAAACUCUUCAUACUUCAUGAUGAAAUACUCAUAACAUCAAUUUCUA